CUAGAACCAAUUUUCUGUCGCGUUGUAGUCUUCCUCUCCUUGCUCAGCCAGUUAGGCAUCCUAGUAGACAUUCGGCCUUCUAACAACAAAAAGAAGCCAUUGCCAACCGUCCAUUCAUCCAUCCCAUCUGUCUGUUCAUCCAUCCCGUCCAUCCGUUCAUCCCUUCCCUUCCAUCCAUCCAUCUAUCCAUCCACACGCAUCCGUCCAUCCAUUCCUCACAUCCAUUUCAUUGAUUCAUCUAGCCAUUCAUUCAUCGAUCGAUACUACAUUGCUACAGUUUACUGAUUAAUGCUGAUUGUAGACAAAGAUGCUGCUGUUAUAUUAUGUUCUUAGUGCAUCAUGCUAGGAAUCACUACUCUAUGUUAUGCGCAGCGCUUGCUUUGCUGGAAAGCGAAAUCAUCUCUAUUCUGUAGAGUUGGUCCAUUUCUUCUCGAGGGAGAGGCUGCUAUGUGACACUGUGCUGUUAGAUCAAUUGCUUCUAUAUGCCAAGCAUUGGUGAUCUAGCAUAGUUCCUCACUCUCCCUAGCCUUCGCCAUCACAACGUGACAAGGAUGGCCAGCUUUGCGAUUCAUGACGUGCCAUGCAUCAACCAGAGCAGAGAGAGUUUGGCUCUCCGGGACGUUCUUGGUGCUGGUAUUGCCGUUGAUGGAGGAAAGAUCAACGGACCACGGUAUGGAGCUCGGAAAGGUGUGUCCUUUUGGGAGAAUUCAACCUUCGAUGGCAGGAGUAGAAGGUGCUCUUCUGCGCUGCGAUUUGGGGGAGCAACGCGAAGCCAAAGAGUUUUUCAUCUGCAUGGAGACGGAGUCCUAUCAGCAAUGGGCAAGGCUGGAGCACUUGCAACCGGGCCAGGAUUACCCAUCGUCGAUGACCCUAAUGCUCUCCAUUCCCGUUGUUGCCCCAGGUCUGCUGGGCCAGGAUAUGGAGCAGUGACGAGACUGUUUGCUGAGUGCAAGACAAGCUGUCACAGAUGCGCCGGGCGCUUUCAGAGGUGUCACAGCCUGUGUUCACCGGGCCACAGCGUACGUGCACAGUCCUCCUCCUCCAGAAUCUGCCGAAGUGCGACUAAUAUCGUAACGGGGGAUGCGAUCGAGAAAGGCUGCAAUCCGUUGAGAAAGAAACAGGGUUAUAGCGACGUUUGCAAAUCUCAGCCUUUUUUUGGUACAAGUGUGGAUAGUGGUGCCAAUCGACGGAGAAGCUUUCGUGUGAAUGGCUCCGCCAGGGAACUGAGGAGGAAGGAAGCAAGGAUGGAAGUCAGUGGACGGAGCUCAGAGGCACUGGACGACUCCAGGCAAACGUACGACUCCAGGCAAACGUACGACUCCAGGCAAACGAGGAGGCAAUAUGGUAGGGGAAAGAAAUCGGCCACAUACGGUAGAGAGGGGAACAGUAGACCGAGGGAGCAGCAAUCAGCAAACCGGCGACCUAUGGUAGGGGAGGAUUUGAGAAGAGGAUGGGACUCGAAGAAGAAUGUGACGGGAGGGGAAGGUGACCGUGGAUUCGCCGCUAAUGUGGCUCCCGGAAAUGAGAAGAAAGGUGAGCUUGAGUUCCGACCUGAUGGCCGAACGGUGAAGACCUUCUUUGGAUCUGAGGGUUUCUUGGACGAGGACGAUGAGGAUGAUGAAGAUGAUGACCAAGAUGAUGAGGAGUAUGCCGAUGACUCGGAUGGUGAUCAGGAUGAUGAUGAUGAUGAUGAUGAUAAUGAGGUGGAGACAGGAGUGAGAGGAAAACUCAAGGAUGGAAAUGGAGAAAUGGAUGACAGUUUUAAUUCAACCUUGAAGGAUCUCGAGUGCCAACAUUUUGGGAAAGCAAGACUGGCAGUUCGUGGUACAGCAGAUCGACCAGAGAUUGGCUUGUUUGAAACAGAUUCUCAUGUAGUCACUGACAUCCCAAAAUGUAGAGCACAUCAUCCGAACAUCAAUUGUGUGGUGGAGAUCGUCCGGAAAGCCAUCAUAGAUUUCAAGAUUGUCCCUUAUGAUGAGGACACGGGGACAGGAGAGCUGAGAUACCUUCAGCUAGUCGUGUCAACGAACAAUACCUCUCUUCCUGUCGAAGAGCGUUAUGCUAAAGGCAAGGUUCAAUUGUCUCUUGUGUGGAAUGCAAGGGAUAUGAGUUCUCCAGAGGCAGAAAUGAUCGAGCCUUUCACACAGGCACUGUGGCGACUAGGAGGGCCAGGGAGCACAGCGAACGUGUUGCACUCAGUUUGGUUGAACUUUCAGACGAGCAGAGGAAACGUGAUAUUGGGGGGUCGAUGGCGGCAUCUCUUUGGUGAGAAGGAGCUUUGGGAGCGACUUGGAGGCGUUGAUGUUUGCUUUGCUCCAGGAAGCUUUGGUCAGGCGAACUACAAGGCAUAUGAGGCCCUGCUGAGGCGGCUGCAGAAGAGCGUGAAAAGGGGUAGCUGGGUCACGGAGCUUUAUGCAGGAGUGGGAGCAAUUGGAUUGAGUUUGGCAAUGACAAGACAAUGCAGGAGGGUGAAGUGCGUCGAAGUGAACAAACUUUCACAGCCAUCAUUUGAAAAGUCUCUUGCGAGACUUCCACCAACCGUAAGGGGAAAGAUAAGCUGGCAUUGUGCGGAUGUGUCGCAGUCUCCCAUCCAGUGGCUGCAAGGAGCGGAUGUGGUCAUUGUAGACCCCCCACGCAAAGGACUGGAACCCCCUGUCAUUGAUGCGCUUCGGCUGGCCUCCAUGCGGGGCCGAGGAAAAACUAAGGAGAAGCCAUCUGCAACUCGUAACAGGGUAGAGAAAAGGCCGUGGCGAUUACAGGAGGGGAUUGAGUGGGGAGGGGGGGAUUCCGUAGAUGAUGACGACGAUUAUCAAAACAUGAAAUGGCCAGAAACUUUGAUUUACAUUAGCUGUGGCUGGGAGGCAUUUAAGAAGGUACAUACUACAUACACUCACCUUGACGGAAUUCUGUCAUUUGAAUUUUAUCAAGUUCAUGGCAUUGAUGCUUGAUUCUGUGUUGGCCCCAGAUAGACUAUCACUGUCCUUACAAAGGGUGGAAAAGUCACCUGUGGACAAUUCUUCCAUCAAAAUACCCCCCUUGGGGCGCCUAAUUAUACAGGUAACCCCAGGUAGAGUGUCCAUGGCAGGCAGAAGGGGAGGGGUGGAGGAGGAAGGGCAGAGGGGAGGUACUGUGCUGUGUAGUGUGCCCAAAAGCGGAGCGGCACACCAAAAAUACUCCCAAAACAAACAAACAAACAAACAAACAAACAAACAAACAAACAAGCAAAAACAAG